AUGCGUGAUGACGAGAACAACAACGAGAGUCACAACAAGAACAGGUUGCGGAUCGAAACGACGCUGGAAGCGACCGAGGCGUACACCGGCGCGGUAGAUGUGGACGUGGGGAAUCUUUUGGUCUCUGAAACGAGCGUUUUAGAGCGAGAGAAAUUCAGCCUCACUGUCGGAUCUUUGACUCGAGAAGAGAGAGACGAAAACAUCAAAGCGCACGCGAGAGACGUGUUGCAACGAUUGGUGAGCGAUUUGUUCGCGUUGCCGUCGGAAUCGGACGUGAACGGAAGGUUUGCGCUUUUGCCACCCGGGGAGACGAAAUUUCCUCGGAGUUUGCCUUUGCCUUCCAUGGAAAAGCCGAAGACGAAGUGGGAGCAAUUCGCGGAGGAGAAAGGGAUUAAGAAGAGGAAAAGAAGUAAAAUGGUAUUCGACGAGCAGCAAGACGAGUGGAAGAGGAGGCACGGGUACGAUCGGGCGAAGGAUUCGACGAAGAUUGCCAUCGUCGAGGCGAAACUUUCGAGCCGAGCGGGCCAGACGGAGGAUCCGUUUUUGAAGGAGAGGAAAGAUAAGAAAGCGAGGGUGGAGAAGAACGAGAUGCAGAGGAGGCGGAAUUUAGGGGAGCAAGUGAAAGAGAAAGGCGCGGCGGCGUUGCCGGCGACGUUGAGGUUAGCGAUUGGUGCGGGGAGUAAUAAUAAUAGUAGCGGCGGCGGCGGUAAAAAAGGCGGCGACAACGGAGGAGGCGUAGGCGCGAAGAGUUUAAAGAGUAAACAGUUGGUCAAAGACGUGCAAUAUAAAGUGGCAACGUCGACGGCUAGCGUCGGGAAGUUUAACGCGCCAAUUCCCGGCGACGAAAAGAUUAAAGCCAGAGGCAAACGACGAUCGUUCGCGAGCAACACGGACGACAAAAACACGAAAGCGCAAGAAAAAGCUUUCGUCGAGAAACUCAUCAAACGCGAAAAAUCGAAGAAGACGAGCGAAGGCGUGGACGUGGGAUUAGCGGCGAAGAAGAUGCAAAAAGAGCAAGAGACGGAGAAGAGGGAAGGGAAGAAGCAGAAGUUGAUGUCGAAGAAUAAGAAGAAGAAAUGA